AUGGGUGCUCCGGCCAGGGGCAGAGCGUCAACUAAGCGCAUGCGUGCAAGUGACAACCCCUCGGGAGCAUGCGUGAAGCGCUGUACGCCGGGUACCAUCGGCCCGUCGAGACAACUGCCGUUUGGCGCCGGGGUAACGAGGCGCUCACGCCCGCCAGCCGAGUCGGCGGGGACGUCCCCCGGCCUCCGCCGAACCGCGAUGUUACAGGCGCUGCGGCCGUUGCCGGGCGGUUGGGCUCGCGCGGCACUGCAGGGUUGGGGACGGGCGCGCGCCCCGGGGGCAGCCUCGCGCCCGAGCGCGCGCCGGCGCGCGCCCGGGACCGGGUUACCGGCGUGGGCGCGCGGCGUGGCCAGCCAGGGCCUUGGCCCGGCUCCCGACGGCUUCCCGGGCCUGAAGGCCGAGCAGCAGCAGCAGAUGGCGCAGACGCUGACCGACUGGGAGAGGCGGCUGCUUGACCGUUUGGGCAACGGGCUGCUGAGUGGAAACCGGUCGUGCCUGGCAGAAGGCAUCACCCUGGUGGAGUCGACUCACAGGCAGAAGAAGCAUCUGGCUCAGCUACUGCUGCAGAAAGUGCUGACCUGCCAGAGGGAACGGGAGCGGUUGAAUGGCAGGAGACCGCUGGCUUUCAGACUGGGACUGUCUGGCCCACCUGGUGCUGGGAAAUCCACAUUUAUUGAAAAAUUUGGAACAACGUUGACAGAAAAAGGACAUAAAGUUGCUGUUCUAGCUGUUGAUCCAUCUUCGAAAACCUCUGGAGGAUCACUUCUGGGUGACAAAACUCGUAUGAUUGAACUUUCAAGGAACAUGAAUGCAUAUAUUCGUCCAUCACCCACUUUGGGUACCUUGGGAGGAGUUACCAGAACUACAAAUGAAGCAAUUAUUUUAUGUGAAGGGGCAGGAUAUGAUAUAGUUCUUGUAGAAACUGUGGGUGUGGGCCAGUCUGAGUUUGCAGUAGCAGACAUGGUGGAUAUGUUUAUAUUGUUUAUUUCACCAGCAGGGGGAGAUGAACUCCAGGGAAUUAAACGUGGUAUAAUAGAGAUGGCAGAUUUGGUGGUUGUAACGAAAUCUGAUGGAGAUCUCCUUGUUCCUGCACGAAAGAUCCAAACUGAAUAUACAAGUGCUUUAAAGUUGCUUCAUAAAAAGUCCAAGAGCUGGAAGCCUAAGGUGAUGCGUGUGUCUUCAAAAUAUGGAGAAGGGUUUACUGAACUCUGGGAGAAAAUGGUAGAAUUCCACACCACAUUAGUUGCAAGUGGUGAGUUGCAAAUAAAAAGGCAAAAUCAACAAAAGGUGUGGAUGUGGAACAUAAUCCGGGAGAAUAUUACUGAGUACUUCUGUAACCAUCCAGCUGUGAGGAAUCAAAUUCCCAGUUUAGAAGAAAAAGUCGUCAGUGGUGACGUAACUCCUGGACUAGCUGCAGACAUCCUUCUGAGGACAUUUUCAGCAGUGGAAUAAAUACUGUAAUUGUUGUAAAUACUGAUUGAUUAUAGAUUAUAUAUUUAUGAAAUGAGCAUGAUAUUUGCAAUGGUAAUUUCUAAUCAUUCAAAGAGUAUUAAGAAACAUUCCUGGGUGAUUUGUUGGAAUUUUUAUGUUGUAGCAUCUUUAUGGAGAUUUUAUUGUAUUUCUAUUACUCAAAAAUAAAAACCUCCUUUGUGUUUAUACAGAAUAUUUCUUGGACAAACAUACAAAGUGAUCUGAUUUCCUGUGCUGAGCCAACAUGAUUGUAUUUUCAUUUUCACUUUUUCAAUUUGAUUGCUCUAAGGAAAUAAAAACUAUAUGAAACAGC